GGCGAAUUCGACUGUAAGGAUCAUUUGUGGAAUGAAAAUUGCGACAGAAAAAACGGAUUAUUCCAUUUUGUUAAAAAAGACGAUUCUACAACUAAUGCAUCAAACACUAAGUGUAAGCGCCUGCAAAAUCUUCGCAAUAGAUUUUAGGAUGCUUUACGGUAUUGGUGCGACGGUAGUAAAUUACUUAGUAAUUAUGCUCCAGUUUGACCUCAUGGCUGACAAGCUUAGCGAUUUGAAAACAGCAUCCUUAAGCACUGCUGACAGUAGUGUGACAUCUCCUCUGAACGAAAAAAUUCAACAGCCUAAGUGAAUGUAGCAUACUUCACACCGCACGCACGAGGAAUAUGGAUGUGUCCAAUGAAACACUAAAGAAGCAUUUUCUUACAUAAAAAUAAUUUCCCCUGGCUAAGUUGACGCUUUAUGCAGAUCAUUUUGCUGAAUUUUAAA